AUGAUUGAUAGGUUUGACUGUGUUAUCAAUCAUGGGGGUGUGUCUGACGAGUUUAACAGAAUAUGUUACAAGGGGUUAAAGAAGAUUUGGCAAGUUGACCCGGAUUUUUGGAGUUAUUUUAAGAUCCUGGGUGGGUUAAAAAAUUUAGGGUACCCAAAAGUUGAGAGCUUGUGGUAUUAUCAUGCAAUGGAUGAUAAUGAGCUAGUGAUGUUGCAAGAUGACGCAGGAACAAAUAGAAUGAAAACGAUUGCAUUUAUCAAUGAGAAUGUUCAUCUAUAUGUAAUGCAUCUAGUGUAUGAGAAAGAGCAAAUACUGCCUCUUGAAAAUAAUGUAGGUCCCAAUGGUGUAGAUGACGACAUUUUGAAAGAUGACAUGUUGAAUGAAUUGAAUAAUUGUGUAAAAAAAACUUUUGAUGACUUGGGGACCAUUGAAGAAUUUAAUAAUCUAGGUGACAAGUUUGAUGAAGGAAGGCCCACUGAUGUAGAAGAUUCAACUGCAGUUGACCAAGAAGGUUCAUUUAAGGAUGUUAAUGUGGAUGAGACCACUGAGGGCCUUAACCAAAAAGAGUUAUGUCAGGAUGUUAACUUUGAGGGGGACACUGUGUCUGAGGAUACAAUAGUGAAUAUUACUUUAGAUGGGACUACUGAUCAUAUUUUAUGUGACCAAGAAGAUGAUAUAUUAGAUGGCACAUAUUAUAUGGUGUCGCAAGUGCGAAAAAGAGCCGGCGGAAACAAACAGAAGAGUCGCCACCGAACGUUAUUUAUCCCAAAGAGAGGGAAAAGAAACGAUCGAAGAAAACCUAAAAGAAAGGAAAAAUAA